GCCUAUAAAAACCCACCUUGCCUCCCUUCUUCCUCCCCCCCUCCGCUCUCUGUUCUUCCUUGAGAACAUUGUUGCAAUCUCUCUCUGUUUCCUCUGUUUCUUGGCCUUUCAAAGUCUUUUCCUUUUGUUAGCUUACCUGGUUUUGGAAACCAUUAAGGUCCUCUGAUCAAGUUCCUUGCUGAUUACUUACCAUCAAGGAGAGAAAAUGGAAUUCGAGGACCGAUACAGGCUAGCUCAGAGGCCAAAAUAUGAUUGCCUUCUGUUUGAUCUUGAUGAUACCCUUUAUCCCCUUAGCUCUGGUCUUGCAAGAGAAUGUGGAAAGAAUAUUAAAGAUUACAUGGUUGAAAAGCUGGGCAUUGAAAAGGACAAAAUUGUUGAAUUGUCCAACCUGUUGUAUAAGAAUUAUGGGACAACAAUGGCUGGCCUCAGGGCAGUUGGUUAUGACUUUGACUAUGAUGAGUACCAUAGUUAUGUUCAUGGAAGACUCCCUUAUGAGAACUUGAAACCGGAUCCUCAAUUGAGGAGUCUAUUGCUGACCUUGCCUCUUCGAAAAAUUAUCUUCACAAAUGCAGACAAGGUUCAUGCAGCUAAAGCUCUAAGUAAACUAGGAUUAGAAGACUGUUUUGAAGGGAUUAUAUGCUUUGAGACUCUCAAUCCUACCCAUAAGAAUACAGUUUCUGAUGAUGAAGAUGACAUUGAGUUUUUGGGAUCAGCUGCUGCUACAAGUGAUGUUCCUAGCGGCCCUGAAAUUUUUGACAUAGUUGGGCAUUUUGCUCAGCCCAAGCCAGGUGCAACAUUACCCAAGACACCCAUUGUCUGCAAGCCACAAGAAUCUGCCAUAGAGCGUGCUCUCAAGAUUGCCAACAUCAACCCUCAGAGAACAUUGUUCUUUGAUGAUAGUGUCCGCAACAUCCAGGCUGGAAAACGUGUGGGUCUUCACACUGUGCUGGUUGGCACUUCCCAGAGACCUAAAGGUGCAGAUUAUGCAUUAGAAAGCAUUCACAAUAUCAAGCAGGCAUUACCGGAGCUCUGGGAAACCGACAUGAAAUCUGAAGUCAGUUACCCUGGCCAGGUUGCAGUGGAGACAUCUGUGACAGCUUAGAUUCUAUGUUAUUCCUUUCUCACUACUAUGAGGAGGAAAAGCCAUCAUGUCUAGCGGGAUCAUAUUGUCUCCAUUCCCUUGUUCUUGUUCAGAUGAUGUAGAUGUCUUGUUCUCUUCAUGAUUAUAUAAAUAUAAAUCUAUAAAAAAAAAAAGGAAAAUUCUCCUUUUUCGGUUAACAA